AUGGCAUCUCGGAUUCCCCCGUCUCUUGCUGGAUCUGCGCGCCGCGCUAACAUCUUGAAGACGUGGCGGCACGCGAUUGCAGUGCGCGUAGGACGCUUUAACGAGGAAGAUAAGUGCGCUGUGCGCUCCCCCCGUGCGUCGCUCGGCUUCUCCCCUCUGCGACCCAAGCCCGUGGCUAAGCCGCCCAGCAAGAAGCCCAGGCCCAGGGAUGUGAUGGGUACCGCUACUGCUGUGAAGUCCAGAGCGGUGGAGAGGGGUCAAGCGACCGUCGCUGCUGCAGCAGCCAAAGCCGCGCCAGCCAAGGCGACGCCGGCUAAGGCGACGGAAGCUAAGCCGACGCCAGCUAAGGCAACGUCAGCUGAGGUGACGCCAGCCAAGGCGACGCCAGCUAAGGCGACGCCAGCUAAGGCGACGCCAGCUAAGGCGACGCCACCUAAGGCGACGCCAGCCAAGGCGACGCCAGCUAAGCUGACGCCAGCUAAGGCGAUGCGUGCUAAGGCGAUGCCUGCUAUUGUGACGCCAGCGACGCCUGCUAAGGUGACUCAAGCAAGCCAUACUGCCACGGUGAAGGCUGCAGGUGCAAGCAGCCCAGCAGCAACCGCAGCCGCAACAGCUCCUCUCACCCUGAAGGCGGUUCUUGUUGGCGGCACUGGAAUCCCUAGACCUACAAGCAGCGCGUCAACAAGGGCUUCAGUAGGAGCGACGGGGAGUGGCAUUCCCAAGCCAGGGAAGAUAGAAGCCAAGUGA